AUGGUCCGUCUCUCUACCACCAGCCUGGCAUUAGCUGGUCUGAGCAUUGCUCAAGCACAAUCAAAUUCGUCUUUGGUCAAUGCCAUCUACAAAGAUGCAUCUCAAUCUGUCGAUGCAAGAGUUGAGAACCUCGUAUCUCUAAUGACCUUGGAAGAGAAGAUGGCUCAAUUGAUGCAAGGUGACAUCUCCAAUUGGCUCAACACGACUUCCGGUGAAUACAACCAGACCGGUCUUGAGUUCAACUUCGAGAACCGUGGUGGCAUGUUCUAUGUCGGCUACCCAAUCACCUGGGAUUGGCUUGCAGAAGGCAUCAAAGUCGGCCAGGACUACGCCGUCAACAACACUCGCCUUGGUAUCCCGGCCAUUGUCCAGACUGAAGGUAUUCACGGCUUCCUGAUCGGAAAUGCGACAAUCUUCAACUCGCCAAUUGCUCAGGCUUGCUCGUUCAACCGUGAGCUUCAACGUCAAAUGGGCGAACAGAUCGCCAUCGAGGCUGCUACUCUCGGUGUCACCCAGCUCUUUGCUCCCCUGGCUGAUCUUGCACGCGAACUACGCUAUGGUCGUGUUGAAGAGACCUAUGGUGAGGAUGGUUAUUUGGCUGGCGAGAUGGCCUACAACUAUAUUGUUGGUUGUCAAGGUCAAAAUGUCUCGGCUAUGGUCAAGCACUUUGCUGCCUACUCCGAGCCGGAAGGAGGUCUCAACACUGCACCUGUUCAUGGUGGUGAGCGUGAGCUGCGUACUACUUGGCUACCCCCUUUCCACAGAGCCAUCAUUGAUGGUGGUGCUUAUUCUAUCAUGUCUGCCUACCAUGCUUAUGAUGGCAUUCCGGCCGUGGCUGACUACUUUAUGCUCACUGAGAUCUUGCGCAACGAGUGGGGCUACAAGUACUUUGUAUCGAGUGAUGCUGGUGCUACUGAUCGUUUGUUCAAGAACUUCCUGACCUGUGGUGUCAACGACUUCGAAUGUGUCACCGAGCAAUGCUUGACCGCAGGAAACGAUGUUGAGAUGGGUGGUGGUUCUUUCAACUUCCGGGCUAUCCCAAGUCUCAUUGGCAACAAGACUAUCGACAUCAGCGUUGUCGAUGAGGCUGUUGCUAGAGUUCUGAGAGUCAAGUUCCAGAUGGGUCUGUUCGAGAAUCCCAACCCUGCUGCUCCUAAGGACCAGUGGAACAGCCUGAUCAACAAUGCUGCCGCCAAGAAGCUUGCUCGUGACCUUGAUGCAGAGUCAAUUGUGCUUCUUCAAAAUCCUAACAAGACACUUCCUCUCAGCAAGACCGACAAGAUCGCUGUCAUUGGUCCCAUGGCCUCCGGUUUCAUGAACUACGGCGACUAUGUUGUGUACCAGUCGCAGUACAGAGGUGUCGAGUACCUUCAGGGCAUCCAGAAUGCUGUCGGUCCUUCCGCCAAUGCUACUGUUUCUUAUGCCAAGGGUGUUGAGAGAUGGUCGACCGAUGAGUCUGGCAUUCCUGAGGCUGUCGAUGCUGCCAAAAAGGCUGAUGUGGCUGUCGUUAUUGUUGGUACUUGGUCCAGAGAUCAGCGUGAGCUGUGGCAAGGAUUGAACGCUACCACUGGAGAGCAUAUCGAUGAGAGUGACCUGAGCCUUGUUGGCGCACAGAGAGCUCUUGUCAAGGCUGUCAUUGACACAGGAAAGCCCACCGUGGUCGUCUUCUCUUCAGGCAAGCCUCUCACUGAAGACUGGAUCUCGAACACCACAGCGUCUCUCGUCCAACAAUUCUACCCUGGCGAGGAAGGAGGUAACGCCUUGGCAGACAUCCUAUUCGGCAAAGUCAACCCAUCUGGCAAACUCUCCGUUUCCUUCCCUCACGACGUAGGCACUCUUCCUGCCUACUAUGACUUCCUGAACAGUGGUAGACCCACCUACCCUGGAUACGUCGGCGGAGAUGGAAACCUCUACUUUGGCUCCAGCUAUAUCUUGAACACUCCUGUACCUUGGUUCCCCUUCGGCUAUGGUCUCUCAUACACCUCUUUCGACUACAGCAACGUAACACUCUCCUCGUCGCAAGUCUCCGCGACCGACUCCAUCACCGCCACUGUUCACGUCACCAACAACGGCACUUAUGAUGGAGCCGAGGUUGUUCAACUUUACGUCAAGGAUCUGGUAGCCAGUGUUACCGUUCCUAACAUCCAACUCAAGGGCUUCGAGAAGGUGUUUAUCAAGGCUGGAGAGACUGCUGAGGUUGUAAUUCCGCUGGAGAUCAGUGACAUUGGUCUCUGGAACAAGAGCAUGGAUUACGUGGUUGAGCCUGGCAACUUUACUGUCUUCAUCGGCAGUAGCUCUGCUGACUUCCGUACUAAUGCUACUUUGACGGUGGUGUAA